AUGCAGUCCAAAUCGCUCGCUUUGCUGGCCGCCCUGGCCGUGUCCGCGGCCGCCUCUGGGGCUGAGCGGCCCCGGAUCUACUACCCUCACAAAAUCAGGCGCGACCUCAUCGGUUCCAACUCGACCAUCAGCUCCACUUCCAGCAGCGUCACAACCGCUCCCGGAACCACGACCAGCAGCUCGACGUCGACUUCGUCCGGCCCGGACCUGGGCGCCAUCAUCUCCGGCCUUCUCGGAGGGGACCACUCCACCAGCUCAACCAGCUCGAGCAUCUCUACCAGCUCGACCAGCUCGACCAGCUCGUCCGCCACGACCAGUGCAUCAUCGAGCAGCGCUUCCGAGUCCAGCUCCUCGACUUCGGGCAGUGUGACGACCAUUAUUCGAUCAAAGACCAUCAUCGUCACCCCCACGCCCGAGGGUACCGGUAGCACUCCGAUUCCCUUCAAGCCUCAGAAGUCUCAGACCAGCAGCUCCCUGGCCCAGACGACGCCCGCCGACACCACCUCGAGCCCGACUCCCUCUGCUCACUCAUCUUCCGCUCCCGCCGCUGCCUCGUCGUCCGCUGCUGCUAGUAGCUCGACUCCUGCUGGAACCCCUGUCCAGUCCACCUCGGCCCCUGCCGUAACCAGCUCUCCCAGUGCCUCCUCGACUGGCUCUUCUGGACUGGACAUCAGCCUGGGUCUCAGCCUUCCCCCCCUCCUCGGCAAGAGCUCUUCCACCACGUCUUCUGCGGCGAGCUCUGUCCAGACGGCUCCUCCCCAAGCGACUUCUUCAGACAGCAGCGCCCAGGCCUCGUCUUCCCAGGCCACCUCGAGCAAGGCUACUGAGACUGGAAUCGUCAUUGACCCUACUGGCGUCCGGUUCCCCUCGACAACCGCUCCUCCGGCCCAGACCCAGUCCAGCAGCAAUGCCCCGGGCUCACCCAGCAGCGGCAUUGCCGAUAGCAGCAGCGUCGUGGGCAACUCCACCGAGGCUGAUGUCAGUUCUUCUGCGGCCAAGACGUCCUCCUCGGGCGGUGGUCUUCUGGACCCCAUCUUGACCAUGCUGGAUCCCUCCAAGACCACCUCUCCCGCUGAGUCCACGUCUGCCCCUGGAACCUCUGCCCCCGCUACUUCUGGGCUGCCGGUUCAGACUUCCCUCCCCGGCACUGGGUCGGCGACGACGGCUGCUUCCUCACAGACCAGCUCUCCCGGCGGACUUCUGCCCAGCUUGUCUCUGCCUUUGACCCUGCCACCGGUGCUUCCUACGGGAACGUCGUCUCCGUCUCUGUCUCUGCCUCUGACCCUGCCGCCUGUGCUCCCUACGGAGACGUCCUCUGUUGCCACGUCCAGCCCUGCAACCUCGCAGGAUGGAUCCAACGUCACUUCUUCCGAGCCGCCUUCGACCACUCCUGGGCUGUCCAUCUCCAUUUCCCUUCCGCUGCCUCCCCUCACGACUUCUGACGGUGGCUCGGUCGUCAACUCCACCUCCAGCGAGCCUCCUGUCACCGGUUCUGCGACCGUCACCAGCCCUCCCACAGGUACCGCUACAGGUGCUCCCACCGGCUCGGUGACGGAUGUUCCUGUUACCAACGGCACCAGUUCGGGUGAGCCAACCGGCGCGAUUACUUCGGCCUCCGCGUCUGUCACCGGCCCUGCUACCGCUACUAGCUCUGCUGUCGAGACCGGAUCGGCAGGCAACUCGUCCAGCGCUGCUGAGACGUCUGCCCCCGCGACUGGAACGUCUGCCGCGACCUCUGCUCCUGCUGCUACCAGCGAGCCGGUGGCAACCGGUUCACCCUCCACCCUCGUGACCAUUUCCAAGCCUUCCUCUCCGGUCGUCACUGUUCCCCUGGUCACUCAGACGUCGAGCGCAGAGCCCAUCACGAGCAUUCGACCCACUGCCACGCUGACCAACACUGCGGACUGGCUGCCCACGACCAUUGUCAUUGAGCCGACCACGAUGGCCUUCACUCCUGUGACCUCGUCCCAGAGUGCGUCCACCUCGACGGCCCUGCCGACCAAUGUUCCCAAGAUCAUCUACCCCGAUGACCCCAACACUCCGGCUGCUGAGGGCACUGUCCCCAUCCAGAUUGGAUUCCUGUAUCCUCUCAACUACAUGUUCGUCGCCAGCAACACCGUUGCCGCCGCUCAGAUCUUCAAGUACCUGCCCCAGGCCCUCGCCACCGCCGCCGGCAUCGAUGUGGCGAAGGUUCAGGUCGCCAAGCUUGUCCCCUACGACACCCGUGCCCAGUGGGGUUAUGUUACCACCCUCGCCAAGAUCAACUAUCCCCAGAACCUGAUUGACAAGCUUCAGCUGGACAUGUCGGUGGCCAACUCGCUCAUCUACAACAACCCCGACCCCAUUGUCCGCAACCUGACGGCCCUGAUCAACCCCAAGAUCAACAUCUUUGGUCAGCUCACCGACGGCGGCUCUACCGACGGCGCCGAUGGCUCCGACAGCGGCAGCGGUGGUGCUCCUCCUGCCUCUGGCUCUGCCAACAACGAUGCCUUUGGCACCAGCAACACGGACAACCAGAGCUCCAAGCAGAAGGCCACCACCGCCGGUAUCGCGGUGGGUGCCGUUGGCCUCGGUGCCCUGUACGGCGGUGCCAUGUUCAUCAUUGCUCGUCGCUACAAGCGCAAGAAGCAGGCCCACCGCCGCACCAGCUCCAUUGGCAGCAGCCAGCGUUCUUCCGGCAUGCAGUAUGCCGGCAACGGAAGCCCUGCCCUCAUGGGCGGCGCUCUGAUGAGCCGCGACAUGUCCAGCUACGGUGGAACGGGAAUUCGCGACAGCCACAACAGCGGAACCAGCUCUGCCCGGACUGCCAACAUCUCCCACCCCGUUGCGGCUGAGAACUCCCUUGGCUGGAACUGA